UCAGUCCGGUCCGGCACAAAGUUCUGGAGACGAGCAGGGUCCGAGCAGACCAGAGUCCAGGAGGGUGAGACCGGAUCUACAUACGGAUCUUAUUUAAUCUAACCCAAGAGGGACCGACAGGAGGACCGGAGGACUCGGCUUUGUUCGCUCCAGCUCCGGAUAUAUACAGAAAACACUUUAUUUUUUAUUUUAUCUAAACAGUUUCUGUUGUGUUUUUUGUGGGCCUUUUUUUUGUCUUCUUGCUGUCGCCGACAUAGUUUCACCUGGUUCAGAGGAAGAAGAAGAAGAAGAAACUCCUCCAACAGCUGACUGACGACACGUUGCGCAACCGAGACAAUAAUAACGAGACAAAGACGUCAUCACGGGACAGUCCGCUCCAGUCCUCCCAGUCAAAACCUGCCGGAGCCCACACUGCACUGGACAACAUUUUAUAAUCUCAUGUAUUCAGCAACUUCUGAUCCACACACAAAGACCGACAGCUCCACUGUGACUCAACUGGGUUUCUACUGAGUCUACUGGUUUCCUGUUGACCUGCAGCCCGGACCAGUCUAUUUGUUUAAAAGAUGAGCAUGGGCAUGACCGCGGCCAGGACUCAGCUGUGUCUCAAGAGACUGCUGGACGAACCCCAGGACAUUGUGCUGAAAUGUAAAGUAGCCCGUCUGGACCCGAACCCUCCUGUCACCAGCCUAUCAAACUGCCUCAGGCCCAGAAGCCCCGCCCCCAAGCCGGACCAGAGCCAAUCGCCAUCCAGAGUCGGAUCGUACCUCCUGUAUGAACGCUGCGAGGGGGAGAAGACUUACAGGGCGGUUCACGCACACACAAAGGAGCAAUACACCUGCCAGGUGCUUCCUCUUCGUGGUUACCAGGAGCGGUUGGCGGCCUACUCCCGAAUCGGCCACCACGAGAACGUGUGCGGCCUGCUGGACGUGGUAGUCGGCCAGGACAGCGUAUACGUGUUCCUGCCAGGCCACCACAGCGACAUGCACGCCUACCUGCGGAGCAAGAAGCGUCUCAGCGAGGAAGAGGCGGGGCAUCUGUUCGCUCAGAUGGUGAACGCCGUGACGCACUGCCACCACCAUGGAGUCGUCCUCAGAGACCUGAAGCUCCGCCGCUUCGUCUUCAUCGACAAAUACAGGACUCGUCUCGCUCUACUCGGCCUGGACGACUGCGUCCUCCUGCACGGUAACCAUGACGACUCUCUGACAGACAGACACGGCUGCCCCGCCUACGUCAGUCCCGAGCUGCUGACCAACGGGAGUAGGUCUUACUCUGGCCGCGCCGCGGACAUCUGGAGCCUGGGCGUGUCCCUGUACACCAUGCUGAUUGGACGAUACCCGUUUCAGGACACGCAGCCCGCCGCGUUGUUCGCCAAGAUCCGCCGCGGGGCCUUCAGCCUGCCCGAUUGGCUGUCCCCUCAGGCCAAGUGUCUGAUCAGCUGCAUGCUGAGGAAGUCACCCGUGGAGAGAUUGACGGCGUCGGAGCUGCAGAUGCACCCGUGGCUGACCAAUCCCAGCCCGCCACAACAGACCAUUCACAAGACGCAUCACAGCUCGCACAAAACAUUACAGAACAAACAGGAGGACGAUGACCAGGUGGUGCCGACCUGGACAGAAAAACACUAACACACACAGUUGUACUUCUAUACUUGUGAGGACUAGAGUCUUGUUUACCAGUCUGGUGUACAGACUCAAACCAGUUUGAUUUUAACCAAAUGAAACUGACAUUUGCCAUUAAGACACAUUCUAUCAAAUGAAAAAGUAGCCUACAUAAGAAACCUGUGACAAAUGUGUCUUGGUGCUAAAUCCAACCUGUAUUGCAUCAGUAAAAAGCAAAACUACAAGAUAAUAUAAGAUAAUGCUCAUUAUUGUCUGACAGGCUAUGCAAAAUUUGCAACAUAAACAAAUUUGAGUAGAGGCGGGAGGUUUGUUUAACUAGAAGUUCAUGAGUUUUUUGGGAUGAUGAGACAAGAUGAUGGUGUCAGAGACCCUAUUCAUUCCUAUGAAAGUUGCUCAGUGGUGCACAAUGCCAAAAAAGGUCAACUUCCGUGUAUGAAAUUACCACUAACUUGAAUGGGGUCAAUGAAUUUCGAAAUGCAGCUGUUCUAGACUUUCCAAAUGUAAACAGACCCAAAUCAUCGAAAUUUGAUACUGAAACAAGUAAUCAAACAAGUCUUUGGAAAAAAAGUACUUUUGGGCUUUUUGGCAUUUCGUAACAGACCGACAAUCAUAAUGCCACGGUUUUAUUUUGGCAUUGGCUUCAAGGUGACAGGUCUUCUAGUGGGCUUGGAUGAGCUUCACUCUGCUGCUUCGUAUUAUUUUGGGUUUAUUGCCGGUUGUAGACCAAGUGUCUUGUAUUCUGGGGUCGGGUGCAAAAAGUAACAAUUCUGGUUAAUUCAAACAGGAAAUUAUUUCAUAUGAUUUGAGUAGUUUGUGGUGACAAUAUUCGCUACACUCAUUCGUGGGCUCUCUCAUUCUCGUUAUGUUCCACUAUGGAGCAGCGGUUAAGUCCCAACCCCAGUGAGUGAUAAAUACUGCAUCAUUUUAGCCCCUAACCCCAACCUGAUACUGAACUCCACCCAUAUCUGAUUCUAACUUUAACCCUAAAACCAAGUCUGAACCCUCAAACUGCUUUAAGACAUAUUGUCCUCAAGUCCAGUCACAAACUCAAUUUGGUCCUCACAAAGAUACAAGAGUACACACAUAAUUACGCACACACUACACUACAGAGACAGUGUGAUCCUGGAUUACUUGACCCGACCCUCAGGUGCCUUCCUCUCGCUGUGUCUCACUUCAAGUUCUGUCGGAUUCAUAACGGAGUCACUGGACCCAUCAGGACCGGACACAGACCAGAACCGGUGGUGUGUUCAGGUGCUAUUUGUCAACUCAUAAAGUGGAGAAUUUCCCCGUCACAGCUCAACGCAGAGUUACGUCCCAGUGUUACUACGGACUCAUUAACAUCCUGCAGGGGAAAUUUGACAUCUGAAGAUAUUGAUAUAGUCUGGACACAUGACUGGUUUUUUAAGUGGACUUUGAAGGAAGCGGAGCAUAAAAUGGGACACAGCUACUCCGUGUUUACAUUUAGUGGUUGCUCCCAAGAAUCAUAGGACAAGGAUCGGUCAGUGUUGGAAAGUCAACAGACAAAAAAAAUUAAUAAAUAAAUAAAUAAAUUGAUCAAAUUCUUUUCUGAUCUCUAGAAAUAUGUUUCAGGUUUGUUAUCUCAGGACUUUUCUCUGAAUUGUUUUUUUUUUGUGCUCAUAAAAACGGUUAUCUAGAAAAAGUAUUUACUCAUCAUUACAUAUAAAAUGAUUCCUGUUUUUACAAGACAUCUAAUUUUCCUUGGAUGUCCAACGUGUUAAUUACUGGUGGUUUAUUCUGGGACACUUCUUGUUGUUCCUGAGGACUGACUGUGACGGGAAGUGUCUCUGGAUCAACCACCAGCCCAAAAUAACAUGAGAUCAUAAGAAAACUAUUUCUGAUGUGUCGCCGUUAAACUAUAUUUAUAUCUCAGGAUAAAGGUUUUUAAGAAGCACCGUGUGUUGAAUCAUAAUAAGGAAAUACUGAAGAUGUAAUCGUUAGAUAACGGGACUGAAAUAAUUCCCAGCACUAAAGUCUUUUGUUUCCUUUGACUGACCGAUCACAACUCGACAGACCUGCAGCCAGCCAAUAGGAUGCCUUCUUCUGAACGUGUCACUCAGACCUCAGAGAAUAAAUAAAGAUGUUUCUCAAACUCUCCUGGUCCUGAACUCGUUUUUGUUCAUUAUUAUUCCUGAACCUCCAUCACCAACGGAACAUAAAUAUUCAGUAGAAAGCCUGUCUGUAAAUGUUAGAAUUGAUUGAGACCCUCAGGUGUCUUCAGUUUGUGUCUCACCAUGUGGAAACAUGUAUGAAGC